AUGACAGCACACAUGUCACCAAUGAUUGUGUUGGGAUGCCUUUUCCUCGUGCUUGUCGUGGCAUGUCCGUCAGCAUCAGCAACAUCAGUACUGGCGCGAGUGGAAGAGGAGGAAAGUAGACACCGUGCGGAAGGUCUCUCACCAGCAGUGUGGCGACCCGCUGUCAAAGCAAUUUUUAAGAAGGCUGCGAAAAAGGUGGUACCUGCUGCAAAAGCUUUUGCUAAGAAGGCUGCCAAAGCAGUGAAAGAGUUUGCCGUCUACGAGGCUGCGAAAGAGGCCUACGAUCGUGGGUCGAAGUGGAUCAAACGACACUGGAAAAACUAA